UCUCUCCGCUCCGCGUGCAGCCAGUGACUGCUGCUGUCUCGCGGCGUUUGGAGAUCUUGCAGGCGCGCUGUAUGGAUGCUGAAGCUUCGGCGCUGCUGUAAUCGCGACACGGAAUCAACAUGUCCAACCCUCCGCACGACCCGUUCUACUCGUCCCCUUUCGGACCGUUCUACCGGAGACAUUCACCGUACAUGGUGCAGCCUGAGUACAGAAUCUAUGAGAUGAACAAACGACUCCAGUCCCGGACAGAGGAGAGUGAUAGUCUAUGGUGGGAUGCGUUUGCUACAGAGUUCUUUGAGGAAGACGCUACAAUGACCAUUGCCUUCUGCCUGGAGGAUGGACCAAAAAGAUACACAAUCGGGCGAACCCUCAUCCCUCGAUACUUCAGCACGGUAUUUGAGGGUGGUGUGUCAGACCUCUACUACAUCCUGAAACACUCCAAAGAGUCCUUCCACAACUCCUGCAUCACUGUGGACUGCGAUCAGUGCACCAUGGUCACGCAACACGGCAAGCCCAUGUUCACCAAGGCACAAGACCCUCAAGUCCUGGAGCAGCUCUCAAAAAACAUCACCCGCAUGGGACUGACCAACUUCACCCUUAACUACCUCAGGUUUGUCCACCUGCAGGCACAAGACCCUCAAGUCCUGGAGCAGCUCUCAAAAAACAUCACCCGCAUGGGACUGACCAACUUCACCCUUAACUACCUCAGGUUGUGUGUCAUUCUGGAGCCAAUGCAAGAGCUAAUGUCCCGACACAAGACCUACAACCUCAGCCCGAGAGACUGUCUAAAGACCUGUCUGUUCCAGAAGUGGCAAAGAAUGGUGGCCCCUCCAGCUGGACAUCCACAGAACUUCAAAACGGAAAUUUUCCCCUCAAAUCACAAAAAAGAGCCCACUCGACAGACCACGACCAAGAGAAGAAAGAGGAAGAACUCCGCCAGCAGUGCGUCUAACAGUAACCUUGGCAACAGCGCUGGCGGCAAGAAACGCAGCCCUGCCAACAACUUCAAUCUGACCAGCCAGGAUGUGAUGGUGGUAGGUGAGCCCACUCUGAUGGGCGGGGAGUUUGGCGAUGAGGACGAGCGUCUGAUCACGCGGCUAGAAAACACACAAUACGACGCCACCAACGGCCUGGACGAUGAUGACGACUUCACAAGCUCGCCGGCGCUCGGCAACAACGGUCCCUGGAACAGCAAGCCGCCCACAGGACAAGACAGCAAGCCAGAGAGUACAGCCUCGCAGCCCUCUCAGUAGGAGACAACAUGCGCAGUGCCCUGUUAAACCACCAGGGCAGCGCUCUUUCUCUCUGACCUCACUUUUUACCCUCGAUGAUGUAAAUCCCAUGUCAUGGUGUCAAUGAUGUCAUCCAUUUUCACCAGAAACUGAUGGUUCCACUUCUUAUUUUGGGUAACGUUUAAGAACUUCACAGACCAAACUUUGGCAGCAAUAUUUGCUCACUGGAUUUUUUCGAAAUCAUCUAGCUACAAAGCAUUGCAAGAAAUGUGACUUUUGGAGAAACUUGAUUUUAUCAAGGCCAAGUGAGCAAUCUGAAUUAACAGAGACCUGAAUUUGGGACAACUUUAGCCCAAUAAUCAAUGUAAAAAGGCUACCUGUCUCGCAGUUCAUCACACAUCACCAUAGUGACUCCAGCUGGCAACCACACUCGAUAUCAACCAAUCGCUGAAGAGACGGUCAUGUUGACUGUCUUCUCACUGGAGACUGGAACUGCAGAGGCAUCCACUGAGACCAAUCCCUGAACAUUUGCAUUUUUAUUGGAAAUUCGUUUGGCUAUUGUCUUUUUCUCUCUGCUUUCAAUUAAAAGUGAACCGCCUUGCGUUCCUUCAACACAACUGACGGCAUUAACAAAGACAGCUUGCAUUGAAAAAAAUAUAUAACAUUGCCAGUUACCAUUUACAGAUUGUACUUUAAUUCAAAAAUUCCUAUUUGAUUUCUGAGUCAAUGUGUUAUUUCAGUCAUUUGUGAUUCUCCUUGUACUGUACCAUCAAGAUUAGGAGUUUCUUUAAGGACAGGCAGGCACAUAUGAAAAGCAUAUUUGUCCAUCUUUCGCCUCUCUCCCUGUAUUGACUUAUUUUCAUAAUGGAAGAUGAUAUGUUUCUGCAUGACAUUUCGAAAUCUGUAAUGUUUAUUUCCAGACUUUUUGAGGUCAUGUUGAACUUUGGUUAUCAAUUUGGAAGUACAGUAACCAGGGUUGUGACUUUGACAAUAAAAAUUCAUUCUGCUUCGUCUGAUGUCACUGAAGUCAUCAGACCUUGAUGUAAACGGCAGCUGUUUUGACGUUUACUACUUGAUUGACUUUUUUUUUUAAUCUGAUAAUAACAGAUUUCAUACUCAGGAAUGAACACCAUACUGAGAAAUGAGAACAUUAAAUAUAGCUUACUGUAAAUCCAGUCACAAAUAUACUGUUCAUUAGCUUUGUAUGAGUUUAUUAAAUAACAUUCAUCAUGUCUAGCUUCACCCUACUUUUAACAGGAAAACAGCCUUUUUAUCUAAAAAAUAAUCAUUCUAAAAAAAAUGCAAUGAAUGCCCUUCUAGCAAAUUAUGUGAUCAGGUUUAUACAGCUUUAUGUCAUUUCUGUAGCUAGAGACAUAUUUUGUUUUUACAACAUUUUUUCAUAUACUGUUCACUGGAUUUGGAAACGUUUCUUAAAGGCCCUUUAAGAGUUGUGGUCUGCUUUAAUGAUUGAAAAGAAUAUUACAUGUUGAUGAUGAUGAUGACAAACAACCAAAUAUUUUUUAACUAAUCAGUUUCUUUGUUCUUGUGUUUUGUCACAACAAUACAAAACAUAUCUCCUGAAUAUUAUCGCAAAGCCUAAGAUAUUUCCAAAACCAACAAAAUGACGACAAUAUCAGCCACCCACUGUUUAAACCUUGUAUUAUUGAAACUCUGCACAGUUUGUAAAAUAUUUAGCAGAGCUGUUUUUUGUGUCAUAUCCAAAGUCUUGUAUGUAUGCUUUGCCAUUUUGUGUGCCAAUAAAUUGUGCUUACAAAACCUU